AUUUGUUUGAAGUGUUCUAAUUUACGACGUAUUAAGAACAAAAAAACGACGGAAUCCCGUAGCCGAAAACUGACAAUGCUUUGCUCUUGCAGCAGUUGAAGGCUAGCUAGCUCAAACCCCACCAUGCCGUCAAAGCUAGAGUUCCAUGUGUUCGCCCGGCUUAAAUCAGCAAAGCGCCAAGACUCCAACACCGAUCACCAUGACUACAAGAGUGGGGCCACCUUCAGCGGUCACUUAGAUGGCAUGAAGAGGGUCGGAAACGGCACGUUUCUCUGGCCAAACGGUGAUCGCUACGCUGGAGAAUAUGCAGACAACCAGAGGCACGGAAAGGGCGAGCAACUGUGGGCAGAUGGAGCGCAGUUUACGGGGCACUUUGUGAGAGAUAUGAGGCACGGUUAUGGGGAACAUACCUGGGGUGAUGGUGAGAGCUACAAGGGAGACUAUUUUAAAGACCAUCGGCACGGACAAGGGACCUACACAUGGCCGGAUGGCUCCAAGUUUACUGGGACCUUCUAUAAAGACUCAAAAGAAGGCUAUGGCAUUUUUAUUUGUGCAAAUGGCAACAAAUUUGAGGGUCUAUACAAGGAUGGCGAGAGGCUCGGACCAGGAAUCUUGAUGGACACCGAGGGGUUUCAAGAUGUCGGACUCUGGCACAAGGAGCGAUUGGUGAAGCUCUGCGCACCAAUAGAGGGCGCUUUCACCAUGAGAGAACAUCCGGAGUUUGAUUACGACCCGUUAGAGCAUCAGAUGCUGAUUAACAUAAACCAAAGUGGAAGUACACAGUUGUUGAACGGUUCUGGAGAUGCUCCAGACAGCGUCAGGGACACCAUGGAGCGACUUUCCAGGACGUCGUUCUCCACAGACUUUGAAACAUUUCUCCCGAGUCGUCAAGAGAGCGUUGAUUUCUCAACGUUGGAGUACGACAAAGAAGAAUAUGAUCAAUCCUUCUUCAAACAGAACUACAAACCUGAAGGUCAGGGGUCAACUGAGGUUGUUGCCCUGAAUAACACCCCGUCUUUCAUUGACCUCCAGAAACAUAUAUACAAGCACAGAGGCAGGGCAAAAGAAGUCUCAUUCUCAGUAGAUAAAAUUAUGCAAGGGCACCGUGGGAAACGUGGUAAAGAAGGCCCCAUAGAGCAGACAUCCCAGAAGCUCAUCAAAGCCGCAGCGGCUGGUGACCAACAGAUGGUGCAUUCACUGCUCAUGCAGGGUGCCGUCAAUGUCAAUGUAGCUGAUAAGCACGGUCAUACUGCACUACUUGGAGCAGCGGUGAAUAUGCAUUUUGAAAUCAUCAAUACCCUCUUGGACAAUGGCGCUGACGUCAACAAACUAAACGAUGAAGGACUCUCAGCACUGGUUGCCUGCCAAAUGCUCUUCUACCCGACCAAGUCCUUCCAGUAUAACAUCGCCGAGAGAUACCUCCCCUUCCCCGAGAAUGAAGAGAUCCACAGUCUGACUCUAUGUCCAAUCAACCCAUCUGAGGGUGAUAAAACAGGAAGUGUCUAUUCAGGUAAAAGGGGUGAUUCAGCAAUGAGUUCUCAUUCUUCGCAAUUGAAACCCACAAGUGACUUGGACCAAGAGGAUGAAAUCGACGAAGAUGAAGAAGUUGAGGAAGAGGAUUUAGACGAGAGUGGGCCUUUCGGAACUCCGGUAAAUGAACCAAUCACAGAUCAGGAUAAUGAUCUCGGUACGCGAGCUGAAGAGAACCACGUCCCAAGCACGGUACCAAGCGAUUUUCAGUCUGACACAACACUAGUGAAUUUUGAAAUUGACGUGACAGAAGACCUAGUCGAAAGGAGUGCUACAGUGAUGAGCAAUAAUAGAAGGAUUGUUAGUGGGCGGAGCUCUAGAUGUAGUGAGGGGAACAUGGACCAGGCCAGGCUAAGGGCCAUCGUCAAGGCAGAGCACGUCAAUAUGGAAGCAACAAUCCGCCUACUUCUGAAGAGAGGUGCAGACCCUAACGCUUCCAGCGUACCCAUGCCAGUCAUCUUCUUUGCGAUCAAGGCGGCAGACGUCGAUGCCGUCCAAGCUUUCUUGGAGAAAGGAGCAUUCACCGACAUCAGACUGUCACACAAGAAAGAAGGUCUAGCACCCUUACACAUCGCCAGUGCUAUUCGUGGUGAAGAAGGCGUUCAGAUCACCAGACUACUCCUUGCUGGAAAUGCCUGCCCCAACGUCCGAUCGCUAGACACCGAUUCUCACACGGAAAUGCAGGAGGGAGGCCCAAGUAGUGCUAAUCCAAACAAGAUGAGACCCGGUCUCGACGACAGUGUCUCUGUGCUCCUUCGUGAGCUCCAAGAGAAGGGUGAAGACAAGGGUGGACGUACCCCUCUACACAUUGCCUGCGACAGAGAUGACAAUCAUGAGCUUGCGAGACAAGUCGUUCAUCUACUGUUGGAGCAUGGGGCUAAUCCCAACGUGCUGUGCUGUGGACAAUCUCCACUCUCAUUGGCUAUCGCCAGUGGCAACGACCUGGCCAUUGAUGAGUUGAUAGCCUAUGGCGCCAACCCAAGCCUACCCCUGGGUAAUGGCAUUGGUAGUGCAUUGUGUGUUGCGGCUAAUACUGCCUACGAAUUCAGAAGAAACGCUCACCAACGCAUUGCUCUUAUUGAUAAACUUGUCAAGGCAGGAGCCAAUAUCUUAGCACCAGUCCCAGUGGGAGGAAAGAAAGUGAUGGGAACAGCUGUUGACUAUGCCUACUGGAUGUUCAAUCAGGAUCGGCGAAUUGCCCACAUGCCCUACCAUGCCCUAACCCACUCCGAGAGAGAUACAUACAAUGCUCGACGGAAACUCCUGGCUCACCUUGGUGACAUCCUACGAGGAGCGGCCGUAAAGAGAGAAAGACAGAGGCUUGAGAUGGAAGAGUUUGGUGGAAACAGAAGUAUGAGUCCGAGCCAGGGUUUCUUGUAUACAGGUGCUGGCGCUAAACCCCAGGAGAGCGCCCUCGUCAGACCGAAAGCGCUAAGACAGGGAGGAAGGGGUAGCCCCACCCUGAAAAGUGCAGAGGACGGGGGCAAGCAGGUUGCUUUUAGAGCCAUCACAAAGGACAGCACAGGCGCUGAGCAGCCAUUGGUCGACAGAGAUGAUGAUGGGACAGUAAGGAAACAAAAACAAAGGAAGCCACUGUUCAAGUAUUGCUAUGAGUGUGGACGGUGUCUAGGAGUGCGCUUAUCGGCCUGCACACGCUGUAAAGAGGUCUACUACUGCAGCAAAGCGUGUAAAAUCAAGGCGUGGAACGCGAGACACAAGGAGGAGUGCGUGCGGAUUGGAGGACGAAGCAGUCGCAGCCCAAGUCCCACCAGCAAACCAUCUCUUGGCACAGCCUCCACAUUGACAACGAAUCCUAGCCACGGAAAUUCAUUGGAGAGCCUAGCCUCAUCUGUAGCGAACCCAAUGAUCAGCCAACCAGGCAAGCUUGGAGGUCAACGAGGGUCAAAUGCCAAAGGUCAAGGUAGUAAAAACCUAUUAGGGGCUGCUGCUAAGUCUCUCGGGUCAAAGGGUGGCCAGGGGACUAAAGGGGCGGGGGUUAAAGGUCAACAGACUGGAUCAUUGACUGGAGGGAAGGGUGUUGCGGGAAUCGGCAAGGGUGUUGCGGGAACCGGCCAUAGUGGAAAGUUAAACAGUACGGAUGAAUACAGUUUACGGGCUGAAAUAACAGACAAUUAUAGCUAUAACUGAAUGAACUACUUUAUUUAUGAUAAUGUUCAACCACUGCAUUGCUCAGGUGUUAUUGCCUUCAAGGGAUUGGUCGAUUGGGAUCAGUGCAGCAGUUGGAGUGAGGGUGUGUGAUUGGGGUUAAAUUAUAUCCCAUUUGUUUCAGCGCUUAGAAACCCUGUAUUAAUGCAUGUUAUUAUUAUUAUUAUCAUUAAUUGGAAACUGAAAUGACUGCUGUUGGGUACUGUUCCUGUUGAGUGCCAUUGAGUUUCUAAGUGAGGGGUUCCAACUUGGGAAAAGUAUUCCAAGUUGGGUACUUCAGACACCACAGUGGGGUUCCAGGCUAUCCAUGUUGUACUCCCUGAUUUGAUUUGGUGCUCAAUAUGGGGGCAUGGUGUAAAGUCUCUCCCCACCCCCUCUUGUGUCUACUAUGUGUGCUUAUGGAAACUUGGGAAUUUGUAAGAGGAUUUUAGGCGGCGCGUCUUUUUAAGACGAAUACAAAAUUGUGGUUAAGUAUUGGAACAUUAGUGUUGUAGCCACAGUGGGCGGUGCCGGGCGGGCCUGCCCAGCCGGCCCAGAACUAACAUGAAUAAUUGUGUGAAACGGCCUCUCGCCCUUGGUGGACUAAAUUGGAUUUAGAGCUCACUACUGGCAUGGUAUACCCGGUGGGGGAAAAACCAGGACUAGGUUGAUGUGAGUGUGUAUCUAAAUGGGGGUAAUUUAACUGUAUACAUUCCCCCAAUUGGGAGAAGAUGUAUAUCCCAAAUGGGGUAUUUUAAGUGAGCUAGGGAGAGAAUUCCAGAUGAUCUAUGUUGGUAUUCCCUUACUGCUUUUAACAAGUCUUGAUUUUGUGCGGUAAUCAUCACACAAUCUGUAGCAUCUUGCUUACCAGGGAUUCCCUGGAUUGACAAAGUGUCGCCAAUCAUUUUUCAUAGGAGGGGCAAGGGGUAGAUACAUACAUUUGGGGCUGUUCAAAGGCACUGGACACUAUUGGUAAUUACUCAAAAUAACUGUUAGCAUAAAAACUUAACUUGGUAACAA